AUGGCAUUGAGAGCAGCCGUGCUACGCCACAUUAGGGUGCCGGUGCAAACCCUAGGACUCAAAUCAAAUCCAAGGGCUCCGUCUGGUUCAAUCCGGUUAAUGUCGUCUCAUGAUGACCAUCUGAGCAAAGAAGAGGUGGCCGACAGAGUUCUCUCUGUUGUCAAGAGCUUCCCUAAAGUCGAUCCUUCCAGGGUGACUCCAGAAGUACAUUUCCAGAAAGAUCUGGGCUUGGAUAGUUUAGACAGCGUCGAGAUUGUAAUGGCUCUAGAAGAGGAGUUCAAGCUUGAAAUUCCAGACAAGGAAGCUGAUAAGAUUGACUCUUGUAACCUUGCUAUCGAGUACAUUCAUAACCAUCCACUGGCCAGUUGA